AUCCGUAUUAUUUUCGUUUUAUCUGUUAUGUAUUUAGUAAUUACAUAAUUAUUAGAUAUUAUCUUACUUAAUACAGACUUUUUAGCCCCAAGACCUUUUUUCUCCCGAGACUUUUUUUCCUACCAUCGUGAAAAAGAUAUACUAGUAACUAUUGUACUAUCUAGCGUACUAGUAGGUACAAGGUCUACGGAAAAAGAUCGGUUAUUUGAUCACGGAAUACGGAUAUAGAUAUUAGUCGGCAUGACAAAAUAAAUAGGUAUGUCAGCAACUCGUGAUACGCAUAUCUGUGACGUAAGCAUUUCUCCAACAGGCUGAGCAGUGAGCGGUGUAGCGGUGGUGGAGUCUUCGCCGGCGGUGGCAAUUGCGGCAGUGACGGCGGUGGACCAAUGAGAACCGGAGAAAUGCUUACGUCACAGUAUAUGGUUGGGCGGAGGGUGGGUGCGCAAUUUGUGUCUAAACAGGUAAUAUUGCUGACAUACCUAUAUAUUUUUUCAUGUUAGUAGGUAUCUAUAACUGAGCUUAAAAUAUUAUAUAAGCAUUUGUUUUUAAACGAAUAAAACUUAAUUUUUUAUUAGUAUCAAGGUACACGAUUUAAAAAUUAUAUUAUACUAUUAUUUAUUACACUAGUGGUGGACAGGGUAGUACUUAUAUAGGAUAAUAAACUUUUUUAUAUUUAGUAGUGUAUGUAUAGGUGUGGAUACUAUAACAUAGUCAACAACAUCAAAGCUUUAGAUUGCAUUUUUAUGGAUGAUAUGUUUCUAUACUAUUGUAAACAAGAUGAGAAUUAAUAAAGAAUACGACGAAAGUAGUGCAAAACGUAUAUGGUUCAAUGGUUUAAAUUGUACAAGAAAAGCAUUCAAGAUUUUAAAACAUUUUAUUUUAACGGUACUUACCCAUUCAGAUCGUUUUCACCAAAAGUUGUACAAUUUAUAUUUAAACUUGCUGAUGAAUGUGGUAUGGAUAACACUGUUAAAUACAAAUGCGUCGAGUUAUAUGAUAGAUUUUUAUCUGAAUAUUUCAUUUACAAGCAUAAGAAAAUCUAUAGUAAACAUUCAAAUAAGUGGGUGCAAUUUUUAAAGCAGUGUAAGAAACAAUCCUAUUUACGAGUUAUGUCGUGUAUGCAAUUGCUGUCCAAGUAUGCUCAACAAUCAUUGAGUCUUAAACUAAAAGAUAUCAAAGUUAUACUAGAACGAACCGGGCGUAUAUAUACAAAAAAAAAUAUUCGUUAUUCAGAAGCUGAAGUCUUGCGUAUAGUUGAUUAUAAGCUGAAUGAACCAUCAAUAUUUAUGUUGGUUGAAUAUUUCAUUGAGGUCAUCCCAUUCACUACUACGGAUAGUCUGCAUUCUACAUGCUUAUUGCUGACAGAUUUUGUUUAUAUUUAUCAACAAGAGCUUUAUGAUCGGCUACAGUAUCAAAAUACAGGUUAUAGAACCUACACUUACAGUGAAAAAUUGGAACUACUAGACAUUGAGUUUGACAAAAUAACUACAGCAGCAGCAGUUGUUGUCACAGCUUUUUACAUAUUGAAUUCAACUGAUAAAACAAAUGAAGAGUUAUGUUUGUAUCUAUCUAAUGUAUGUGAAAAGUCAUUUGACUAUCUGUUAACAAUUUCAACUGUUCUAAUUUCCAUCAUAAACUCAAUUUGCAUUGAAUGAUAAUUUAAUAUAAUUAAUUACAUACAAGUAAAUUUAUUCAAUUUUUUUGUAAUAAGUAUUUAAAUCUUUACAAAAACUAAACUGUUAAUUGCCUAAUUUCACAAAUUAUAUAAUGAGUGGCU